UGUUUACCGAUCCGUGACGUAGCGCAAACACAAUACUCCGAGCCAACACCCGCCAAGAAACAGUACCCCGGUAACCUUCUCGAGUCAUGGCCACAAUCAUUAUCCUCACUUUAAUAACACUAGCCAGUGCGGACUACUGGACCGACCGGGCCCACCUCAUCGCCUCGGACUCGUCCCAAAACAUCGGCUCGUCCAUCGUCCUCAGCGACAAAGAACGACAAGUCAACAACAUCCUCAUGGGCGCAAAAUUCAAAGAGUACGACCAAGGUUUCGCAAACCCGGAGACGUUCCUGCCGGCGCAACACUUCUUCAAGAGUAAGAGCAAGAUCGAGGAAUCGGGGGUGUUCAAAUUCAUCCAGAAAGUACCAAAAGGGGCGUCGUUGCACUCCCAUGAUUCGGCUUUAGUGUCUUUGGAGUACUUGUACAACCUCACGUACCGGGAAAACUUGUACGGGUGUGUGGUGAAUCAACGACUCAGGUUGCAUUUCUUUGACAGCGCGAGUGGUGAUUGCGAGUGGGAGCUCAUCCAGGAUUUGAGGAAACAGAAUUCGUCGUUUGAUGAGUACUUGAGGUCGCAGUUGUCGAUUAUUGUCGACGAUCCGGAAAAAGAGUACCCGAGUAUUACGCAAGUGUGGAAUCGGUUUAUGCAGACGUUUAGUACCGUUUUUGGACUAGUGGCCUAUCGACCAGUCUUCCAGGACUACUUUUACCAAGCCCUUAAAGAACUGUACGACGACAACGUGAUGUACAUAGAGUUCAGAGGGUUACUUCCUGAAGUGUACGAACUCAACGGUACCACCUACGACCCUGAAGGUGUCGUAGGACUGUACUUGGAAACUUUGGAGGACUUCAAAUCCGACUAUGCCGAUUUUUUCGGGGCCCGCUUUAUUUACGCUCCCAGUCGUUCCGUCAACAACAAAACAGCAGACGACUAUGUAACCACAGCAACCAAACUCAAGACGCUCUUCCCGGAUUUUAUAGCCGGUUUUGAUUUAGUGGGUCCAGAAGAUAGAGGUAAACCGUUAGUCCAAUUUAUUCCACAGCUGCUCCGUCUGUCUAAAACCAUGAAAUUUUUCUUCCACGCCGCCGAGACCAACUGGUGUGGUACCACCACCGACAUGAAUCUCUUCGACGCUAUUCUUCUGAACACCACUCGAAUCGGGCACGGCUACGGCAUAAUCAAACACCCCAAGCUCCUGAAGGAAGUCAAGGAGCGCCACAUCGCUCUGGAAGUCAGCCCCAUUUCCAACCAAGUCUUGAAACUGGUCGACGAUUUGAGGAACCACCCGGGUGCUCUUUUGGUGGCGGGUGGUUUCCCGGUGGUGAUUACCUGUGACGACCCCACGUUUUGGGGUGCGAAGGGUUUGAGUUACGACUGGUACAUGGCGUUCAUGGGUUUCGCGAGUCGGGAGAGCGACUUGAGGAUGUUGAAGCAGCUGGCUAUCAAUUCUUUGAAGUAUAGUGCGAUGGAAGAGGAAGAGAAGUGUGAUGCGUUUAAUAAGUGGGAGCUGAUGUGGAAUCGGUUUCUGGAUGAGGUGCUCAAAUCCAGCGUUAGCAAAUAUUUCGACUGCUACACUGUCAAUAGGGUGAGAUAAGGAGUGUUUGUUGCGGGAAGUGAAGAGUUUGCUUAGUGAUUCCGGAAGAUGGUUUCGAACGGAGAUAAGUGCGAGAGUACUUAAUGAUAAGAGCGAUCAAGGUUUUAUAUAAAUCUCGUGUUUGAUAAGAAAAUAAUAAAGGUUACUAUCAGUACUAAA